CGCGAUGAUUGUCGUAUGGUUCCCAUCGCUCCCCUAGUGCCAAAUCUUGUUGAUGCUAUUAAUUGAUUUAUUAAUACGUCGAUAAAAUUUAAUUUAAUAAAAAAUAUUAAUUUUAGAAAAAGUGAAAAUUUACUGUGCUUAUGUGCAUAUACAUACAUACAUACAUAGAUGCAGACAGACAUAUGCAAAUGUAUUUAUGUAUCGGAAGAAAUUUUAGUGUGUAUUUCUAAAUGCUUAUACUUACCUAUCUAAAUAUGGGUGGCGAUACUAAGUAAUUGCUAUAUAUAAGAUAGCACGGCAAGGUGAAAAGCAACAAAACCAGCAAAUCUAUUAUGAAGCUACAUGUGUACAGACAUACAUACAUAUGUGUAUAUAUCUAUCUUAUAUUAUGUCAAUAAAUAUUGGAUCUGUGAGAUUGCGGCUAGACCACAACAAUGCGUCUUGCUUGUGAAGUGCAACGACAUUAACCUCUUGCAAUUGCAAUUGCAAUAACAAUCCAAUACUGCUUCCUAUUUAUUUGCAGUUUAACUAAUAGUCGCUAAAAUAGCAUAAACGACAUAAUUGAAUAAGAAAAAAUUAUAUAUAGAAAUUGAGAAAAAAUGGGUAACGUUUGCAGUUCUGGGGAUAAGAGAAAAAACGACAGCAUAUCAGAGAAAUCAGAUGAUUCCUCACCGUACCAAGAAACCAAUAAAAAGGAAAUUCAAUUAGCAUCGGUUGGGAAUAAUAGUGAAAAACUUGCGCCUUUGGCCGAUCCAGAGCCAGUGCCACCAGAUGUGUCCUUUGCAGCAGCCGCACAAAAUGAAGCACAACAAACGCCCAACGAAGCCAAUAAAGAUGUUAUCAAAGGCAAUCAAUGCUUGGAAAAGGACUCUGAAACUACUACACCACAAGCUUUGAAUGCACCUUGCGAUAUUUCAAAUCAGAAAACCGCACCCAACAAUUUAGCUAUACUUCAAGGAAAACCUCCGCCCGGACGAAAAAUCGAAAGGGAUAAAAAAAUUGUGAUUUAUAUUUUAGCGAAUAAUAGUUCCGAGUACAAAAAACACAAACGUGUUAUACAUAGCCUCUUCAAACAGUUUGUCACAAAAUGCCAAAGCAAAGGUUUUGAUUUCUUAAUCUCGGAUGUGCAUGAGAACGAUGUCGGGGCUAAGAAAGACUUCGGUAAAUUACUUGAAGUUAAGCGCUGGACGCAAAGCCCACAAGAAGCACAAGGAGGACAUGAAGAGGCUGCAAAUUGCUUAUCGGAAAUUUCCCGACACAAUUCCACCGCAUAUAUUAUACCAGUACUAUUUUUGGGCUCAUCACUCGGCACACCUAUGUUGCCUUUGACUAUUGAAAGUCAAGAUUUUACUUCGGUGUUAAGUGUGGCCAGUGAGGAGGAGAAAAUACUUUUGGAAAAAUGGUACACAAUAGACAAUUCAUAUCAGCCCAUGUGUCAUCGCUUGUAUACUCAACAAAUUGAUACAUAUUCCACCGAAGUUAACGAUGAAUUGAAUCAUUUGUUGGAAGUACUACUGCGCCUAUUUUCCGAUGAUUUAAAAGACUCAUAUUUAACAACCGUAGUUGAACAAGAGAUUAAUAAUACGGUACUUAUAAGUCAAGAGCACGCCAAGCGUUGCAUAUGGAUACAGACUGGUGCACAAUAUACAAAACUACCCGAAAAUGCCUCGCAAUUAGAUGCAGAAGUUUUAAGACGAAUCACCAAAGUAUAUACUGAAUUGAAAAUGCAUCUCUCUGAGAAAAAUCUCAUUCGAAUUUUACCCACUAUGAAUAUUUUGGAUGAAGAACUGACAGCCGUUAUUGAAAACUUACUGGAUAAAUCGAUAACGUCAAUUUUUGAAGAGCAUCAAAACAAAAACAGUAUACCUUAUAACACUAAUGGCGUGGAUAAGGUCCUCUUAGAGGAAGUACACCUCAUUGCACACUACUCCAAGAUAUUGGCUCAAAAUUCAGCCAAUUUUGAUAUUAUGAAUGAUGUGAAAAGAUACCUUAAAGACAACACACAAUGGCCCUUAAUAAUAUCAGGAGCCAGUGGCUGUGGGAAGAGUGUGUUAGCUUCUAAGAUAAUGGAAAACGUUCAAAGAUGGAAACCAGAUGCUCAAUUGAUAUUGAGAUUUGCGAACUUAACGGUCCGAUCAUCCGAUCUAACAUCCUUAUUGGGCUCCAUAGCAGAUCAACUGUCCGUUUUGGUUAACGGCACACAAUGUAAUUGUGAUCACUCCAUAGAAGGUUAUUCAACUGUACUGAAAGAGCUGCUGGAAAGCAAGGACUUUUUCGCAAUCAUUAUAAUCGAUUCGUUAGAUGAUAUAACGCAAGAUGAAACUUUAAAUUGGUUGCCAUUACAUUUGAACAGCACUUCGAAAGUGAUACUGACCAUAACCGAAGCAGAUAAUAAAGAGGAAAUGCCAAUGUUGACAAACUUGUGUGAGCUCGGCAUACCCAACAAGUGUUUCAUAAAAAUGAAGCAAUUUACCGAACGACAAUGGAAUGAUAUUCUCAGUUCCGGCGGUAGUGAAUUUUACGCGUCCAAUGGUGCACUCAAAUUACCCGAUGAAUGGAAACUAUUGCGUGGCAAAACACCGUUACACGCCAAAUCACUAUGGUGGUUAGCUUGGCUGUCACACAUGUCCAUUAGUAUAACUGAUAUAUCGGAUGUGUUGGAUAAAAUGUUGCAGAUUUUGGAGAGCAAAUUUCAAACGGAACACGUCGAGUUAAUGCUGUUGAUUGUGGCCGUAUCCGAGUGGGGCAUACGUGAAAGCGAUUGUUUGGGUAUUUUUCAAAAGCAAACACAAAUAGAAGCGCAGGUCGCUUUUAAGAUAUGGUCGAAAUUUUGCUGGUUAAUGGGUCCAAUGCUGUUAUUUUUAAAAAAUAUUCGUAUAGCUGAUAAAAUGUUUAGAAAUGCUGUUUUCAAGAGGUAUACACACAAAAGGUGGCUGGUACACAAAACAAUACGUGACUACUUCGAUCGUCAACAGAGCAUACUGCCAAAUUCAACCGGAAAUGGCCAUUUAACAAAUUACAAUUAUCAAAAGUACUUAAAACUGCCUUAUCAUCAUUUUUGUGCCAUAGUUGAAGAUAAUGCAACAACCGAAAAAAUAGAAAUGCUAUUCAACUGUUUCUACUUUACCGAUCUUCAGUGGAUUGCCGACAAAGUUCACUCUAACGGUCCAGCGUAUUUAAUGCAUGAUAUAUUAGUUUCGGAGAAACUCGCUAAAUCUACCGAACAAUCGUGGAUUCAUAUAACAUUUUUAAAAGAUUUUUUAAAAACUUACAUGCGCGAACUAAAUUAUGAUGGCCAUCAAUUUUUCACCUUAAUUAAAUAUUAUCUGAAAGUGCGUGUACGCGAUGAUGUAACGUUGAAGGAUGAUGAGAAGAUACGUUCGUGGUUAGAGUUCACCAAUGAAAUAGAAAUACCAUUUAUGGAGAUAUUGAAUAGUACUUUGGGUUCGGACGAGGACGCCGCGACUAGCAGUUACGAUGUGUUGGUCAAUUUGCCACAAAAGGGUUACUAUGUGGCCUCAAUAUGUACCGAACGUGAGGAAAUAUGUAUAUGGGACGUGCAGAGUUGUUCGCGUGUACGACAAUUGUUGGGUAUAUCACAGCCCACUUCUAUGUGUCCUGUCGGUAGUUAUGAAGCGGCUGUGUUAUGUCGGCGAGAAAUUAAAGUAAUCAAUCUGGAUGAGGGAAAAUAUAAGAUAACUUUGAAAGGUGUAAUGAAUCAGAAAAUGCCAUAUUUUGGGUUACAUGAUCAAAACCACGUUGUUUGCUUAUCACGCAAUCGCAUGUAUGUGCAUCUUAUGAAUUUAGAGUCUGGAGACUGUGUUAUGACUUUUAAAGCUGGCGAAGAUCGAUUUCUUAAUUCUCUUUUAGUCUCCGGUGAUGGACGUAUACUCGUUUGCGGCGAUGAAACACAAAAACCAUUUCCGCUUUUGGUUUGGCACCUGUCACAGAAGAAGCUUCUCUACGAUUUGCGCAUUCCACAUCAUGAUUUCAUUACCUCGCUAUCGGCUAUUACAUAUGAGGGCUCAUAUGUUUGUGUUGUGGCCAAAGAGUUAAAUGAACCGACACCGAAUUUUAUUGUCGUAUAUGAUUUACAAAGCGGUACUUUGUUUAAAAAAUGGAAACCAGCCUGUAAUACAGUCUCUUUGGCGAUAUCACAAUCGAAUGCAUGCGUCAUAGCUGGUUUAGAAGAUGCGAAAAUAUUAAUUUGGGAUUUGAUAACGGGCAAUUGUCGUUCAACAUUGGUCGGUCAUAAUGCACCGGUGACAUUCUUAAAAUUAGAUCCAUUGGGAAAGGUAUUGCUGUCACGUGAUAAGGAUGGACGGGAUAACUCCAUACGCGUAUGGGAACUGAAUACAGGUAAAUCACUAGCCGUUUACAAGCCACCCGGCCAAAUAACAGCAUGUGAGAUACUUCCAAAUGGUGCAUUUGUAGUAGUAGCAUUGAAGAACAGAACUGAACUAUUGACUUUGGCUUUAAAAAAUUAUGGAGAAGCUCCAGACGAUAAUUGUUACUUGUAUGGCAAUCAGGAUAACCAAAAUAAAACUUUUAAUCUUAAUUAAUUAUUUAUAAUAAAUAUUUCAAAGUUAAUAUGUUAAGUAAUAUAUUAUUUUUUGAAUUUAAUUAUGUGUCUUCAUAGGUAUUAUUUAAAAAUAAAAGAAAAACAAAAGCUAAAACAAAAAUUAAGAAACUUUAGAACGCACUUAAGCUUGUACAAAAUAUUGUUACAUUCUUACACUAAGAAAAACAAAUGAAAACAAGACAUCUGCAUAAAUAUUUGAGCAUUAUGUAUUUUCGAAUUGUAAAAACAAAAACAAAAAAGACGUUUGAAGAGUCCAAUUGAAAUUCAAUUUACAGCAUCACGUUAUUUUACUUGGAAUAACUUUGAAUUCUAAAGAGCACUUAACUAAAUAAAGCAAAAUCAGACUCUUCAGCAACUAGAAAUUAAAUUCUUGCAAGACAAUUUAGAUUUUAUUGUGUUUAAGUAAAACUUCAAUUUACCUUUAAGCGCAAAAAUAACAAUUUUGCAUAUUUGCAAAGAAUUUUUCUAUGUGGUCCAUUAUUUAUUAAUUAUUAAGUUAGUGACAUUUGCAUGUAAUGAAUGUAUGUAUGUAUGUGUACGUAAUAGCAAUUCAAUAAAAUGUCACUACUAGUCAUGUAAAUCUUAAGCAAAAUGUAACAAAAACUAAAACGGACGAUGCAUACAUAUGUAUGUAUACAUAUAUGUAUGUAGGUUCAUUGACUGUGUUCAUAUCUGGCCCGAAGUUUUGAAGUCUGGAAUUUCAUUAUCGUUUGGAUUUGUUUUUAGGCAAUGACAAAUUAAAAACAAAGAUAUAAGAAAUUAAACAAAUUUAUAGUUAUAAAGACCUAGUGGUAAAAAAACUCGCAGACUUAAAACACCGAUUGAAUACAGCGUUUAAUUUUUAUGCUUUAAUAUGCAUAUGUAUGUAUAUGUGUAUGUAUGUGCAAUCAUUUCUAUAGUUUUCUAAGUCUUAAGUAACAUUGUCAUUUUUAAGUUCUUAAACAUAGUUUUAAUUUAAAAAACUACUAUUAACGAAUUAUUAAGACCAAUAACUGAAUAAAAUCACUCGAACCUAUUCUCAAAAUAAAAACAUAAAAAACGGAUUUUUCU